AUACGAAUAGGUCUUCUUUAUUUUUCUUAGGAAGAUCCUGCUUAUAAAUACGUCCUCUUCUUCCGAGUUUUCUUGUUCGCUUUUGAUACCGUGAUCGUAUCGACUCGGUCAUGGCCGCCGAGAGAAGCCAAGGUGCUCACGAGCCAGAGUUUUUCAAAGUGUUGUUGCAGUCGUCCUUCAAAACGUUGUUAAUUCCUCCAAAGUUCACCCAGCAUCUAGUGAAUGGCGAUCGUCAGAAGGCCACCAUAGUGAGCCCUCUCGGCAAGUUUUGGCAUGUCAAUCUCCAGCGAGAAGGGCACAAGAUGUUUUUUGGUAGCGGCUGGGAGGACUUUGUAAAAGCCCAUGGUUUAAGCGUGGGCCAUUUCUUGGUGUUUCGCUACCAAGGAAACAUGGUAUUCACCAUCAAGAUAUUCGAUAAGAGUGGAUGCCUUAAAGAGUAUGAUUCCAUUGCCUCCACGCAUGUGACCAAAAGAGAAGUUGACGUCGAUGUUGAAAUUCUUGAUGUUGCUCCAAAAGAUAUUGAACCUGUAAACUGGACAUCUUCCAGUAAGAAGGGGAGGUCUAAGAAGUCGGCAUCAACAAAUUCGCAUGGCCAACGAGAUAUCAGGAAGUCAUCAGGAAGCAAGAGGCCUAACAGUCGCAACAGAGUGCCAUAUUUUGAAAGGAUAGUUCGACGUUCUUCUUUUAUUUCCAUGCGCAUGAGUGUUCCUAGGGUGUUUUGUUUGUCGAAUGGUCUCACGACUCUGUACGAGAUCACCCUCAUCGAUCAAAAACAGAGACAGUGGCCUGUGCUAUUUCUCCCUGGUUCCCGGGGAGGUCACCUUGGGAGGGGGUGGAGGUUUUUCUCCAAGGCAAACAACUUGAAAGAAGGAGACACAUGCAUCUUCAAGCUUGUAUCCAAAAAAGUAAUGCGAGUCCGAAUAGUGAGACGUGGAAUCUUAGGAAGUAGUAAGUCGUAGUAUAAGAUUAAAGGCAAACAGCUUGUGUCAUCCAUUUUUUUCCAUUGUUUUACUCAUCAUGUAUUGUGAUGGUGAAUACUCUAUCUUUGUGGUUGAAUAUAUUUAGACUCUUGUAUGGAUUUUAUGAAUAUUCUUCUCUUUGUGCUGAUUCUGUGAACUUAUCUUCAGUAGUAAACUACCGAAUUUAUCUUUUAAUCUAAGAAAUACUCCCUUUUUCUUUUUUUUUUGGGUUGC